AUGGCCGUGGGGGCCAUUACUUCCGCGGUUGCUGUUGGCUUUUCUGUGCCCGCUGGGGGUGUCGCCGUUACAUCCGCUACUGCUGAGUUGGUGAGUCCAACUCACGCGUUGAAAAAACGCAAAGUUAUUACUCCCCUGACUUCUUUUCAAGCUAUCCAGACCGCCUAUGCCUUGCCUACUAGUUCUACUGCUGAGGUUCAAAUUGAGAGUGUGUCCUCCGCCCCCUUGACGUAUGUGGAUGUUAUGCCUUCCGCUACGAGCGAACCAAGCCUUUCAGAGCUUAUAUCACAGGCGAGUGCCACCGCUGCUACUUCCUCAAUGCCGCCUCCUGUGCUCACAGCUGCUGUAGCUGUGACAACCAGUCCAGUUUCUACACCUCUGCCCUCAAGUGUCACCCCCACAUCCUUGUUUGACUCUCCCCUUAGCAUUUUUUCUGCAUCUGAAAAGGAGAUGCCUAAAGUGUCCGCUGCUCACGAGGCAACUAGUGCCAGAGAUACCGCUGUGAGCGAUGCUAGGGGAUCUAGUAGCGGAAUUGUUGAUGAUGGGGCCCGCUUGGGCAAUGAUCUUUAUCUGCCCACUAUUAAUUGGGAUCCAAAUGUACAAGACAAGCGCUAUCAGCCCAAGUGGAAGGUAGCGGAGUCGGGUCAAGAUUGA